CUGAAACAGCAGCAGCAGCUUGAGCGCAGAGAGGAUCUGACUGGGACAAGUCACUGGCAGGACUUCACACCCAAAGUGCUGACUGAGUCUGCAAACAUUUCAUACAGGUUCAGCUGUCCUGGUCCAGGUGUGUUCAGGUGUACUUUGACUGGACUGGUGUUUGGUACAGUUCAGGAGGCGGAGCUACAGUACAGGACUGUCCAAUGGGACGAAAGCCUUCUACAACCAGCUGGCAAGAUGGCUGCAGGGCCGCUGUUCAACAUCCACAGUCCUGACGGUGCUGUCAGUCAGCUCCACCUGCCACACUGUGAAACCAUGGAUGCUCCGCUCCCUGAAGGUCUGCUGUCUGUCGUCCACAUCACUGAUGAUGGAAUGAGCAUCCUGGAGCCGCUGGAGAUUACAGACACUCAUGUGGUUGUGAACGUCCCUCACUUCUCUCUCCUGGGCCUCAUCUGGGACGUUGUUAAGAGGUUACUGAACAUCACAAUUAGGGGCCAGGUUCUGCUGUUCCUCCGACCUCCGGAUGAUGAUGAUGAUCAAAUACUUGAUGUAUUUCUGCUGCAGGGCAACAUUCCUCUGAGCGAGGUUGCCGCCCAACAAGGAGCAGCUGAGAACAUUAAGAUCUCUUCUGACUGUGAUCUCAGCAUUGGUCAAAGUUACAGUGUUCACUGUGAACCUGAAGCCUCCAUAAUCCAGCCUGAGCAUACACAAUUUCGCACAAAGUGUGGACCAAACUUUUUCCCAACGUUUGAGGUUUUCCUCACUACAAAACAUAACAAAAUGGCUUUCAUGGUCCAAGACCAAGAGGGGACACGAAGGUGGAAUCGGCUGGUGCAACUGAGAGGUUCAAGAAGUGAAAAUCUACAGAGGAAUCUCCAAGCAAGGGACAUCACCACAGUGGGGGAAAGCAGCACAGCAGAGGACUCUCCCAGCAGGGGGCACCAAACCAGCAGAGAAAUCUCUCAGCAGGGGAAUCACCCAGCAGAGGACAUCGUUCCAGCAGAGGAGAGGCUGCGCUCAAUACGGACACAGUUUGUUAACAGAGUGUCUGAACCUAAUCUAGACAAGCUUCUGGAUAAACUUCUUGAGUUUGGGGUUAUAAAUGAUGAUGAAAUGCAGUUAGCCAGCACAAAAACAGGAGCAAACAAAGCUCGAGAAGUGAUCGACACGGUGCGAAGAAAGGGAACUGAAGCCAGCUCACGUUUUAUUGUUGCCCUCCGUGAAGUGGAUCCAAACCUUUCCAGACUGCUCAACUUAAGCUGA